AUGUCUGAACUUCCGCUAUCUGAACAGUUUCAGAGUGCUUUGAAAGGCGUUAAUAACAUAGUUAACUCCAAUCUUAGAAAAGAUUCCACAGAGUUCUCCUUGAAACUGGAACAGAUUAUACAUCAACUAGAUAAUGUCAAAUCCUCAAUAUUGAGGCUCGCACUGUUCAGCAUCAAUGAGACAAUCGAAGAAAUUGCCACCAAACAUAUCCAAUACCUGUCUAUCGAUUACUACAUUGCUUCAUGUCUUGAGCUUAAUAUGGACAGGAAGUCAAGAGCAAAAACAUUGAAGUCUUCGCAGAAAUUUUAUCUACAGUUCCUUCAUUCGUUGGACAAUUACGAAAUAUUAGACAAAUCGCAAUCACAACUACUAGAACACUUCAAGGAUCCAUAUAAUCCCACCCUAGAAGAACUAAGGCCUAGUGAUCCUACGCAAAGAAGAGAGUACAAGAUUGAGAACUUCAAACAGGAAAAAGCCCUGAAUGAACGUCUGAAAAUUAUUGAUCAGGUAGACAAUCUAGACGACGAGAUAGUCAGGCAAGUGUACAUUGACCAGUUGAAACUGUUUGCCCUCAAUGCCCUUCAGUCAUACGAGGGGAACAUGCUAGAGUUAGAGGUGUUGAAGAAUAUUCCUGAACCGAAAAUUGAAGAGGAAGAUCACCCAGACGAGGUAUUGCCCUUCGAAUAUACUGACAAACUAGAGACUUUGAAGUCACCUCUUGUAUCGAAACAAGGAAGGGUACUGAAACCGUUCACCAUAGUUAGUGACAGGAACCAAUUGAGGUCCAAGGUCUAUGGUACUGGUCAAGUUCUUCCUUCCAUGACAGUUGAAGAGUUAGUAGAACAAGAGCUUCAGAACGGCGGAAUGGUCAAACCGCAACAACCUCAAGACAAUGACGAAGAAGCCGGGGAUGCGGACAAAUACCAUGACCAAGAAACUUACAAAGCCCGCCAAUGGGAUGAAUUUAAAGAAGCCAAUCCAAAGGGAAGUGGUAACACUACUAACAGAGGAUGA